ACGUCAGCUAAAGCCGACCGGAUAUCCGCCCGGCUGCUGCCCUUGAGCUCGGGAGACGGAGAUCGAGGUGCUUGACAAUGGUGGCGUACUGGAGACAAGCGGGCCUCAGCUACAUCCGCUUCUCGGCGAUAUGCGCCCGGGCGGUGCGAGCGGCUCUCAAGCCGCAGCUCCGGCUGGAGGCGGAGAAGGUGGCCGAGUCCAACGUGAAGAUCACCCGGCUCAAGCAGGCGGCGUCGUGACCUGGAUGAAGAACCUGUAUUAAGAAGCCUGGAAUGAAGACUUUGCUCCAGUCCUGUCUUUUGUUUUUGGAAGAGAAUUUGUUUUGAAAAUUACAUUGUAUGUAAGAUAACUCUAGACCAAAAGUGAUGUCAUUAGUAUCUUCCUCUGUCCAUCUGGUCGAUGAAAUAAAAUACCACCCAAUCAGUUA